GUAUUUAGUGCAUAAAACAAAGUAUUUUUGAAACACGUAGUUAAGUAUCUAUAAAGUAUCUAUAGUUUGUGAAAAGUCAAUUAAUUGAUUGGAUUAUUCGCGCUUUAGCUUCGGCUUCAGUUCAUAAUUUCAUGUUCUCGUAGAUUACGUUAGUUCACGCGACGUGGUUUCGUUUUGGUUGUUGUUCAUUGCAUAUUUAUGCAAAUACACAAAAUAUCAGAUUAAUUAAACUGUUAAAUAAAGUAUUUCCAAUAAUUUUAACAAAACAAAAACAAAAUUUAUGUAAAUUUUAUAAUAUGACGCCAAUUGCUACUGUAGACAAUAAUAUUUACUCAAAAUUUCCAUUUUAAGAUGUCUAGAUCAAUAAAAUCUUAAUUAUUUAUUUAUAUCGGUUUCUCGAUAACUAUAAAUAAAACCAGAAGUAGGGGUUAAGCAAACGUAACCCUUGUACAGAAAAAAACAUAGAAAAACAAAGGAUAUUAGAGAAAGAAAAUGCGUAGGAAUUAAUUCAUAGCAACCCCAUUUCUGUACUGUGGUCAAUGACUGAAAUGUCAACGCACUUUCCACCCGUUAUUAUUUUUGUGUGAAUAAAGCAUUGAUUGUUUCAAAAAAUCAUAUAUUUUUUUUGUUUUAAUCAUGUUUUUCUUUAACUUUCUGACCUGUUUUCGCAUUGCGUGUUUAAAAAUCAGGUCAAACUAUAACAUGAGAAAAUAAAAUUGAAUAGAUUUAACUGACAGCCACAAAAAUAUUGGUCUCCAAAAGGAUUACCAUCAAAAUUUCUAAAUUAACUCAACACGCAUGUGAUCGCACGUUGUGUGACCACAAACAUUAAAAAUUUUCCUCGAUGAUCGUGUUGAAGAUGGUGCAAUAAGUUUGCGGUUUUGCACUCAAUGGUAGCGAAUGUUGAAUGGUACAACGACGUAGUUUCAUGUUGUAACAUGCGCUUUUGAGCAGGGUAGAAUCACGUUUUUAUCGUCGCGUCCUACGCCGAGAUUCUUGUUAAAUCGAUAGUUUGAAUAUUACAACAUAAACCAGAAAGCACACACCUGCAUAUCUGCAAUCUACGCGCGCCGAACAUAUUCCACUUUUGUUUGCACCUUGUUGGCGUAAGUUUUGCAGACAUUUUAUGAUCGUCCCGCUAGCUUCAUGUCAGAACUUUCUCUGUAAUGUAAAAGCUUAGAUUCCCCACACAUGCAUAUAUUAAAUACAACCGGAAAUGAACAACAACAUAAACUUGACUGUAACGUUACAAAAAGUUUUGUUUUUGUUUUGCGUCUUGUAAUUAAUCUACACGUAAAUAUCAGAUGGUAGAAAUGUAGAAAUUCACUAGGUUUGUCACGUGUUGGUGACGUGUUGAUUGAUCCCACUUGCUUUUGGCAAACAUGGAAAGCAACAAUUUGCGCCUAAACGAAUUAAGCAAUUACUAAACUAGAUUACAUGAUGUAGAUUCGUUGGAGUAGAUUAAAAGUGCAAUAAAUCACAAUAAUAUUCAAGCCACAUGCAGUUUUCAACUUUUCCGCCAACAUUCCUUCACGUACAUCAAAUUAACACUCGUCACAUGAACGCAAUUAUUCAAUUAAUUCACGAAAUAUUAAAUUAAGAGCAAUUGAUUUAGACAACACUUGGGCACGCAAUUAAAGAAAUAAUCAAAUAAAAAUUGACUUGCUUGAACUUUUCCUUUUAAAGUUUUAAAAUGAAUCAGCCGCAAAGCAAUACGAUUCUGAACGGCCCAACUGGUGAAUUGACCAUGGCGUUUAAGGAAGCGCAAAAAGCGCCGAUUAACAAUCCAAACACUCCUAACAAUCAAAACUUUAGACCACCACUACAACGAAACGAUAGUCGUAUCCAAGGUGGUCCUGGUGGUCCCCAGCCACAACCACAACAAUUCCAAGGUCAACCUAGACCUUUUCAAGGACAAGGACCUGGACAGGCACCACAGUUUAGACCACCGAAUUUUCAACAACAGAUACAACAACAGUUGCAACAAAACCAACAACAGAGAUUUGCUCCACCUGGAAGUCAAGGACCCAAUCCAAACCAACAAGGACCUCCGGCGGGUCAACCAUUGUUUAGACCUCAACAGAGAUUUGUGGCUGUAAAUCCACCUGGAACAGUCAGGCCUAAUUUCAGGCCACCAGGUCCACCUGGACCUCAAGGAGUACAAGGGCCACCAAUUAGACAACGUCCACCUGGUCCAGGACUACCACAACAACAGUCUUUUGCUGGUGCUUUGCCAACUCAACGCAGUCAGGAAGGAAACUUAGGUCCUCCUGAGUUGCAUCGGAGCGCAACGCUGGAGUCCGACACGGGACCAUCAAACGAAAGACAUGAAGAGAAAGAAAAUCCAAAGAUAUCGUCACCAGAAAUGUCACCUGCGGUAGUGGCUCCACCUAAACCUCAGGUUCAACCACCAGUGCAACAACCACAGACUGUAACUUCAAGUCCACCUCCAGCUCAGAAUCCAAGCCCUACACCCAUUGUACCACCGCAACAAAAUGCUCAGAACGUACCAAAGUCUGAAACUUCUCCGGUUGCUCCAAUACAAGUUACUGAUAAUGCACCACCAAGCACUUUACAGCUGAACAGCUCAUUGGAUAGUAAAAUCUCAAGCUCACCAAGUCCACAACCAGAAAGCGUGAUUGAAGUCAAGAAACUAGAAGAAAAACCUAAAUCUAAUGCGGAUAAUAAACCACCAAGAGUGCCGAAGACACCAACAAGAGGUGGUUCCACUGCGAGGACACCUAGUAGAAACAAAAAAGAAGGUGACAAUGACAGCGGUGUCGAUGAGUCCACCCAGGGAGCGGACCACUCCACAAAUGGUGACCGCACCCCACGCAAAUCAAGCCGAAAUGGGAGCCGCCCGUCGGGUGGGGCUACACCCACGAAACACAGAUCGUUUUCUCGCGGGUCGAGAUCACCGCAUCUGAUGAGUCCGGACAGUCAACCUGGUACUCCAGGACCUACUGAACGGAAAAAGUUACCAAUGAAUAAGAUCCAAGUCGGUGCUGCACCUUCUCCUAACUUGAAGGUAGUGAAAUCGAAAAUUGGAUCCCUAGCUAACGCUAGUCAUAAACCAGGCGGGGGCAAUGUUAAAAUCGAAACUAAAAAGAUCGAUGUUUCUAAGGCGCAGUCAAGAAUCGGUGCAAAGAACGAAAAUUACACUCCUACCGGUGGAGAUAAAAAGAUUUUAAGCCAAAAACUUCAAUGGAAUGCAAAGUCCAAGAUUGGUUCUCUUGAAAAUGCCAACCAUAAACCAAAAGGCGGUGAAAAGAAGAUUGAAACAGUGAAGUUGGACUUUAAGGAUAAAGCUAAGUCAAAGGUUGGAUCCAAGGAUAAUAUGCAACACGUAGCAGGUGGUGGUGAUGUCAAGAUUAUCGACAGAAAGAUCGAAAUCCAAGCCGAGAGUAAAAUCGGAUCGUUGGACAACGUGAAGCAUAGACCAGGCGGCGGCGAAAAGAAGAUUUUCGACGACAAAGAAUACCUACGACAAAUGUCAGCCGGCGCCAUGUCCAACGAAAACAAUUCGAUGUGCGGAUCACAGAAUUCGUUGCCGUCCCAGCACUCUCAGCACUCGGACAGCAGGGAGCCGAUUUCCGAUGAGAACCUCAACAGGGAAAACUAAUCCGCCAUUUUGAUAGCUCCACCACACCUAUAUAACCUUUCCAUUAAACAAUUACAUUCGAUAGGCAUUAAAAUUUGAUGUUGCAAAUUAAUAUUAAUUAUUUACUGAAACAAAUAACGUAGCUUUUUAUUACCGAUGAAAUUUUGAACUGAAUGAGAAUCUGUUAAAUUUGUUAUGAAAUUAGCUUCGUACCAAUUGGGAAAUUUCAAUGUGUUGCGAAAUAGUUUGCACAAUAAUGGAUGUUUGGCAACAAGUAGCAGCAAAUCUAUUUUUUCACCGAGUAAACAAAAAGAUGUAUUUUAAGUCGACGUUUAGCAAGCUUUACCAAAAACAAUAUCAACUAUAGGAACUAAAUAAUCUGUGUAUGUGUAUCACGUACCUAAAUCAACCACAUUCUGCAUUCAUUUAACAAUAAGUAAAAUAGAAAUAUUUAAAUUUGAUUGUAAGUGUGAAAAUUGAAACUAAAAUUUAGUCGAUAUUGAAAUAAGCACUAAAAGUACAUUUAAUAAGAGUAAUAACUUAUCGAAUAAUAAUGAGUGUGUUUAAAAGAAUCAAAUCGAUCAUUUCUAUUGAAGUUGAUGUUGAACUAUAGAUAAACACAGUGACACCAUGUAUAUUAGAAGAUAUUUACACCCUCUUUAUUAAGUUUACAAUGUUAAUACGUAAUGUAAGUCUAAUUUAACAUUUAAGUUUUAUGAAUUAAAUCAUUAUUGAAAUAUUUCUAUACAGAACGUAAGAUUAUAUCAAUAAACAAUAAUUAUAUCCUGA